UAGGAUUCGAAUUUAAAGAAUGAAUAAAGAUGUCAGCGUCCUAGAAAAAUCCAGAAACGAUUUCCUGGUCACAUCUGCAGACACCUCUACGAAAAACAAUAUGCGGCUAUCUAAAGAAAAUUCUGGAGGUCUGUUGACCGCAUUGCCAAGAUAUUUCAGAAAGUCAAUAGUUGCUCAGCUGAUUGUGGCAAUAAUUGUAGUGUUAAUUUAUUAUUCAAUAAAUGGAGGUUUAAUUCCAAAAUUUUUAGCUCCCAAACUUACAUAUUUUAAUAUUGGACCUGAGAUGGACAGUCUGGCAUACUUUGAUGUGAACAGAGAUGCUAGUAAAGUCAGAUGGGAGAGAGAAGCUAAUAGCAGACAAGCUGUAAAAGCAGCAGUGAAUAAUGAAAAAGUACACAUGAUUUCGGGUGAUGUUAUACUAAAAGACCAUGGAACAAAAUCUCAGAAACUUGUUCCUAUUAUGGCAAAACCAAGUUCUCCGACAAGUGACAUCACACUUAAAGAAUGGCUGCAAGAAGUACGCUCUGGUACUAAAGGUAUCAGAUUGCACUUUCACUCAAUGGAAUCAGUGGAGAUAUCUAUCCAGAUUUUAAGUGAUUUUCACAAACAGAAUCCAAUUAAAUUCCCAGUUUGGUUGCAUGCUAAUGUUUUAAGAGGACCACAUGGAGAAGAAGCUGUGAUUGACCAUAAUCGAUUUAUUAGAGCCAUCCAGCGGCAGUUUCCUAAGUGCACCAUAUCGCUUGGAUGGACAACUGGAACACACACUGACCUCACACAAAGUGCUUAUGAAUGGCAGAUGGUUUGGGACAUGCUACAUCUAGUACAAGAGUUUGAAUUUGAGGAAUAUCAGCAGAUUAUAUUUCAGGCUCGCCUGUCAUUGAUUCAUAACUCAGUGCCCCAGUUAAAAUGGAUCUGUGACAAUGUGAAGCAGUCUAAGCUCAUGAUCUGGCACGAGGAUGGGGACGUUGUAGUAAACGAAGACAUCAUGUACGUCUCAUACCGUUUCCCACCUCAUGGAGUGUACUUUGACCUCAACCAUGACCGCUUCCAAAACUUGCUGGACCAGUACCGACAUUUCUCAAGAGACAAAGUCAAUCCCUUGGUGCUACAGAGAGACGAGCGUGUGUUUAAACCUGAUGGUUGGUGGAAAAUGGGAUUCCAUAAGCAGAAAAACUCUGUGCUGGCCAGUACCGAGGGAAUUAUUUUGACAUCCCCAAUAGUUUAUAUUGUGUCUAAGUCAAAAUACAUGCCCACUUCGGAAAUUUACAUCCAGGGUAGAAUACAGUUCUACAACAGAGAAGGGCGAGACGCUGAAGACCAUGUGACUGGGCUAAAUAUUUAUCUCAGGUCCACUGACUACAGCCGCUUUGACAACCUUGUUGGAAUCAGGUGUUUUAUUGGUGUUGGAGGUGAAAUCGAAGUAACUGGGAGCAACUUGCCUGACAAUGUUGAAAAUUUCAGAAAAUCUGCCAGAGUUACCCCUACCCACACAAAUUGUUACCGUUUCAAGAUAGUUGAUGAGAGGUCACAGAUUAGCUUUACGGUAGUUUCUCUUCAUGACUGCACAACUUUAGAGAGUGUUGCUGAACCAGAGCCACAGAUUGCACUUCUCACUGUUCCGAUACCAUCUAAACUUUUGACCAAUGAGCAGAGACCAUUUGUUUUAAAAAUGAAUGAUGUGAAAAGGCAAGUUCUGAUUGAUGAACUAAGCAUUAAGCAUAAAUAAAAUUAAGAAAAAAUAUCUUGAGUCAAGGCCUAAAAUGGCUCAUCAGUCAUUGUUUUUAUGUAAAUUAUCAAAAGAAAAUGUUUAAAAACUAUUUGACAAUUUACAUUUCCUUGUGUAAAUAUUUGAACUCAUGUACACGGAUAAUUUUUCACUUAGUCAUUUUGAUCUGCUAAGUUUCUUAAGCAAAUCACUUCAUUAUUGUAUAGAUCUGGCAUGUUUUGCCUUACUGUGGUGAAUCUAAGUAUCACAUUUGAAACUGCUUUAACUGUUUCUUUUACAAAAAUGUUGGUACCUGAUUCAUUGCCAGAGAAAAUGUUUAUCUUUGUCUACACACAUUUGGUUGUGAAAUUAAGUAAGUGUAUAUGAUUUAUUUGCUACAUGUUUAUUACUGUACAUUCCAUUAUUUACCCAAGUGGAUCUACAAAUUAAAAUAUUCACAUAUGAAAGUC